AUGGCCGGGCGACUGAGCAGUGCAGGGCUUCCCGGAGUCCAGACUCUGAGCCGAAGAGGCAGGACUGCCGGUGCAGGCCCGCCCGCGCCCCGGCCCAGCAGCCGCAGCCCAGCGGCCGAGCCCUUCACGUUGUGGGCGCUGGAGAUGCGCCUUCGCCAGGCAGGCGCCUCGCGCUCUUGCGACCGUAGAAUGGGCUCUGCACGAGCCCGGAUACCAAGUAGGUACCCCGCUCCCCCCUCCGCCCAGAGAUUGGGAGGCCUGGGGCCAACGGCUGGAGGCUUCCCGGAGUCCCCUCCGGCCUCUCGGCGUGACCCUGGACCUUACUGGCUCGUCGAGAGCUGCGCCAGCAGUUCUCUCCACAGCGGGUUCCCCGGGACACACCCCGUCCCCACCCCCGAGAGCUGGCGGCCAGCUCGGAAUGCCAGGCGGCCAGGCGGGCGCCUUGCCAAAUUCCGCGUUCCUCUCCAGGAGACGGAGAGUUACGUCCCAGGCUCGGGAAAGCCAGUUAGUUUGGGAUUGAGAGUCGCUUGCAAAGCCCCCCAAGGCGCCUGGGACGCCUCUGCAGCAAGCGGGAAAGGCCUGCGAGCCGAGGCGGGCGGAGCGCGGGCGGCCCGGGAGCAGGGCCUCGGCGGAAACCCGAGCUCCCUGCGACCUGCUCGGCGAGAAGGGGCGGGGAAAAGCGCCAGCGAGCUACCCCGGAGGCAGGCCAAGCGAAUUCCUGCGAAAAAACCCCUCUCGAAAACACCAAAACCUUCCAAAAGACGAGGCUCUGCCCCUCCCCCGUCCUGCGGCCUUCCAGCCCGUCGGUCCCCUGGUCAGCAGCCGGCCUGGCCCUCACCUGAGACCUUGCCCGGGGCCUCGCCACGUCUCCUCUCCCCCACCCCCGCUUUUAAGCUCCUUCUCCUCCCUGACCUCUCGGAGGCCCCGGCUAGGGUAGCCAGGGUGCUGCAGAGGAAAUGA